CACGUGGCCAUAGGUGAAGCACAUUGUUUCGCGGCAUGUUUCAUAUUUGUGUUGAAUGAGAAGAAAGUUGUUGUUUUUUUGCACUCUUGAUAUUUUCUAUUUUUAACUGGAGCGAUCUCGCGCGCAUUGUAUCUGCAGAAAGAUAAUACGUCACCAGUUGAGGACUUUUCCGUCUGGAGCGUAAAUGGCUGGAAUUCUGUUUGAGGAUAUCUUUGAUGUGAAGGACAUUGAUCCAGAUGGGAAAAAGUUUGAUAGAGUGUCUCGUCUUCACUGUGAAAGUGAGUCUUUCAAAAUGGACCUGAUCCUUGACGUGAACAUCCAGAUUUAUCCUGUUGAUCUCGGUGACAAGUUCAGACUGGUGAUCGCCAGCACGCUGUAUGAGGACGGGACGCCGGAUGAUGGGGAAUACAACCCUCAGGAUGACAGACCGUCCAGGGCUGAUCAGUUUGAUUAUGUCAUGUAUGGAAAGGUUUAUAAGAUUGAAGGAGAUGAAACCUCAACAGAAGCGGCAACACGACUAUCUGCAUAUGUGUCUUAUGGAGGUCUGCUAAUGCGACUUCAGGGAGAUGCUAAUAAUCUGCAUGGUUUUGAAGUGGACUCCAGGGUCUAUCUACUGAUGAAGAAACUUGCUUUCUGACUGACCUGUAGGGACACGUGCUUCUAAGGACUGAGAAAACAUGAAUUUUUAUUAUUGUCAUCAUUUGUGUUUUUUCUUUUUUUUUUACCUUUGAGGCCUUCCUGUUGAGGAAACUGAUCUGGAAACUGUAGCCCAUGGUAAAUUACAUAUAUGUGGUUUUAUAUUCAAAUCAUAUGAAUGCUCAGUUGAUAAACUGCUUUCUCAUUUCA